AUGUCUCCACCUAUGACGGCAAACCCAUUGCUUGUUUUAGCACCAACAGGAGUUGCUGCAUUUAAUAUACAAGCAACAACAAUCCAUGCAGGGUUGCGCAUACCUAUAAGAGAAAUGCAUCCUUUGACAGGGCAGUCAUUAAUGACAUUGCAAGAGCAAUUGAAACAUAUCAAAUAUAUUCUGAUAGACGAAAUGAGCUUUUUGGGCCCGAAACUACUACUUAAGAUAGAUAGCCGUUUACGCCAAGCAUUCCCUAACAAUCAACAUGACAACUUUGGUGGUGUGUCCAUGAUUCUUGUUGGUGAUCUUGCUCAAUUUCCCCCUACAAAUGCAACAUUAACUAUUCAACAAAAGAAAGAUUUCGACUCUUCGAUCCACCUAUUUGCAACAAAUGAAUCUGCACGCUUGCAUAACAGGAAAAUGCUCAGGGAAUUAAAUUUGCCUGUUGCUCUAAGUUUAGCUAAAAUUGCUAAGCAAACAAAUACUGAAUAUGACACCAAUGAACAGCUACCAUUGGAAGUAUUACUUUCUAUUGAUCAGCAAGUGAUGUUAAUAGCUAACUUGUGGAUCAAAGUUGGCCUUGUCAAUGGCGCUAUUGGUCUCAUAAAACAAAUUGUAUAUGAAAGCAAUACAAAACCACCAGACUUGCCAAAAUAUGUGGUUGUCCAAUUCAACGAUUAUAAUGGACCUCCAUGGGAUAUAACACAUCCAAAAGACAUACCCAUUUUGCCAAUAACGCGAGGCAGGCAUACGCAAGUGCCUUUAACAAUGUCUUGGGCCAUCACUAUUCACAAAUCCCAAGGUCUUACAUUAGACAGAGCUACCAUUGACAUAGGUAAUUCUGAAAAGCAAGGGCUCACAUUCAUAGCUAUUUCAAGAGUGAAGACAAUUGAUGGAAUACGGAUCGAACCACCAUUCUCUUUUGAAAGGUUUUCCAAACUGCAAAAUAAUGCUUAUACAACCAUUAGAAAGAAAGAAGUAACUCGUUUGCAGCUGCUCUCUGCCCAAACAGAUAUCUAUUCACCUUAA